UAUUAUAUAUUUUAUUUAUAUUGUCAAUGUACAUGAAUUUAAUAUUAUAUUAAACCGAAAAAUGUUAUCCUGUGGUAUAAUUCAAAUAGGUAUGUAGAAAAAUGGUUAAUGCAUUUAUCAUAUUGUAUGUAAUGAUGUGAUUUUUGAAUUGUAAUUAAUGUUAAGUUAUUAGUGACUAUUGACAUAUAGUAUCAAUAAAUUAUGCAAAAUGAAUCUCAUUUUAAAAUAUAUUAAAAGAAAAGUGUUAUUAUAUUGGAUAUUAAGAAUUUGUGUGAUAAGUAUAUUUUUAGUUAUUGGUAUUGUUGCAUAUAUUAUUUUGUUUCCAUCAAUAAUAUACAUAAAUUCAAUUGAUAUUCCAAGAUUUUUAGUCAAGACCAGUGCUGGUGAAUAUGAACUUCUCAAUACUAGUACAUGCCCAAUAGUUGAAAUUAACGAAGAAACAAGUCUAAUAAACGUGCAAAAAACUGUCAGCAGUAAACAAUUGGACUUUAUUAAGCAAUUUGUUUCUUCAGGUGGGGAAUGGAUGCCAAAACAUUGUAUACCUCAACAUCAUACCGCAAUCAUAGUAUGCUAUCGCAAUCGAACAGAACAACUUCAAACCUUUUUAUAUCAUAUGCAUUCAUUUUUACAAAAGCAAAAUAUACAUUAUCAAAUAUAUGUUAUAGAACAAACAUUCGAUGCUGAAUUUAACCGUGGAAAAUUAUUUAAUGUUGGUUAUCGAGAGGUUACAAUGAGGUCUCUAGCUGGAUGUUUUAUUUUUCAUGAUGUUGAUCUAAUGCCAGAAAAUAUAAACAAUAUUUAUGGUUGUACAGCCUGUCCAAGACACAUGAGUACUAGUAUAAAUGUUUUUAAUUAUAAACUACCAUAUUAUAAUAUAUUUGGUGGUGCUAUUGCAAUGACGCGAAGACAAUUUCAUGACAUUAAUGGAUUUUCAAAUGUGUUUUACGGAUGGGGUGGCGAGGAUGAUGAUCUGUUUAACAGAGUUUACCAUAGAGGUUAUAGAGUUUGUCGAUAUCCAUCAUUUAUAUCGAGAUAUACAAUGUUAACACAUGAAAAAGAAACACCAAAUGAAAAUAGAAUGAAAUAUUUAAGAAAUGGUCCAAAACGAUUUUAUACUGAUGGUGUUGAUUCAGUUACUUACAAUUUGAUCAAAUAUGAACAAUUACCGUUAUAUACAAGAAUAUUAGUCAAUGUUUAAAAUAAUAAUAGAAAUGAUUAAACCCAAGAAAAAACCACAAUGAGAGGGUGACUCAUUCAUUAGUUUAUCAAACGGUAUAUCAUAAUAUUAGGCAAUGGAAAUCUUUAUGUAUUAGAAGAUUUUCUUUUUAUAUCGUAACUACUUAUCACUUUUUUAGAUUAGUUUAAUAUAGCUAUUUAUUUAAGUAUUAGAUGGGAUAACUAUGUAUAUAAUUGAUUAUUAUAAUUUAAAUAAACUACUUAUUUUACAACUAACACAAGGUUAGAAACUGUUAUGUUAACUAUAAUUUAACCAAUAUUAUACAGUAUGCAAUUAAGUUAGGGAUCUUAUCACGUCUAGUUCUAAAUAAAUAUAUUGAAUUAUUAAAUUAAGUUAUUUACUAUACUUCAAAAUGUAUGUUUGCAUAAUAAAAAAUUUAAUGAUAUUAAAUAAGUCUGAUCUUAAAUUUAAACAUUAAUGUAAUUAUUGCAAGAAGUAAAGUGAGAAUUGAGGUAGAAUAUAAAAAAUGUUAACACUACAUAAUAUUAUAUCACAUUAGUUAGGUAAUUAUGUUCAUAUUUCACUCUAAUUUAAAAUUGUACUUAUAAAUUAUAAUCAAAACAAAAUUUAUGUAUAAGCAAUUUUAUAAUUU